UUGUGGAUUGGGAUGGCAGUUGUGUUGAAAGUGCUAUAACCCAACACUAACUCCUUUUAACCUUUCUUCCUCUAGUCUCCUUUUUCCCCAGAAUCACACAUCGGAAAAUCCAAAAAGGGUUUCCGAAUUUGCGUGUUAGGGUUCCAAAGUUUCAAUCUUUUCUCUUUGUUUCUCCCAGUUCUUACCAAAGCAGGGGAUAGAUAGAUAGAUUUACUCUUUUUUCUCAAAUAGCCAUGGAAGAAGGAGAAGGUUCGCUGGAGUUUCAGGACUGGGAGGUUCUGGCUCAUUCCGACACCGAAGCUGUUGUGAUUAGCUCCCCUGUGUCGGUGGAGAAUCCAAGGAGUUUCGAGGAGAUCGAGGCUGAUUCCGGCGGGAUGAUCAGGUUGGAUUACUUCUCUAUAGGAAAUGAUAGCAUGUUUGAUAAAUCUGUUGUUGCUAGUGCUGCUGGUGAGGUAGAGAGCUCUGUUGAGUCUGAUAAUCCGAGUUGGAUAGAUCCUGCUAUUGAUAAUCGAUUCGAGGGCAAAAAUUCGGUUGGAUUCUGGUCUGAUUCGGGUAGUGAUCGGUCGGAUGACCGCAAAGUUGGUGACUUUGAUGUGAGAAAUGAAUUGGGUGCUGAAAAAUUGGCCAAGAGCGAGGAAAUGGAAGCUAAGGGAGUUGACGGAAGGGAGUUUGAUCAGCUGGUGGGGGAGCUUUCGAGCUGUGAGGCGAAGAGUGAAUCAGGUUUUGAGGAGAAUGUGAAGAGCCGCCAACUGGGUUUUGAAGAAAUUGAGGAGAAGCUAGGGAAGGAGAAAGAUAUGACCAAAUUCUGGUCUGAUUCUGGUGGUGACGGCUUGGUUUUGGGUUCUGAGGUUCUGAGUGAGGAGGCCACUCGUGGUGGCAAUGCUCCGGUGGAGGAGAACUCGGGUGUUGUUGAAGCUGGGGAAGGGAAACCGGGUGUUGGCGAUGAGGGGAAGAAGCAGCCAGUGGUCUGGUGGAAAGUGCCGUUUGAGUUGUUGAAGUGUUGUGUUUUUAGAGUUAGCCCGGUGUGGACUUUCUCAAUGGCUGCAGCUCUAAUGGGAUUCGUUAUCUUGGGCCGGAAGUUGUAUAAGAUGAAGCGCAAGGCGCGGAGCUUGGAGCUUAAAGUUACCGUCGAUGAUAAGAAGGUGUCUCAGUUCAUGAGCCGUGCUGCACGUCUCAAUGAAGCAUUCUCCGUCGUGAGACGACUCCUGAUCCUCUCUCUCUGCAACCCUAAGCUGCUCUCGCCUUCUCCGCUCUUGGACUCUCUCACACGUCUUUGCCACCACCACCGGAGGACUCCUCAGUCCGAUUCCCAGUCGCAAGUCUGCUGUCAGAAGUCCGUCCGCGCCUCCUUCCGUCGCGAGCUCGCUGCCUCCCUCUGGCACUUCUUCUUCACUGCAAUGCUUUUUGUUUAUGGCCGUAUUAUCAGUCAGCGACUUGUGAACACAGUCACAUCAGAUAAUAUCUUCUACAGGCUUGUUGGUGGUUUUGUCAAGUACCACAUGGCCAUAUGUUAUUUCUUGUACAUUGCAGGGUUUGUGUGGUUCAUCUUGACAUUGAAGAAGAAGAUGUACAAGUAUCAAUUUAGCCAAUAUGCUUGGACACACAUGAUUCUUUUUGUGGUAUUCGCUCAAUCUGCAUUCACUGUGGCCAAUAUCUUUGAAGGGAUCUUUUGGUUUCUUCUCCCGGCAUCACUUAUCGCAGUCAAUGAUGUUGCUGCUUAUUUCUUUGGCUUCUUUUUUGGCAAAACUCCUUUGAUCAAAUUGUCUCCAAAGAAAACGUGGGAGGGUUUUAUUGGAGCAUCUGUUGCCACUAUGAUCUCAGCAUUCGUUCUUGCAAACAUCAUGGGCCAGUUCCUGUGGCUGACAUGUCCUAGAAAAGAUUUAUCAACGGGGUGGCUUGACUGUAAUCCUGGCCCUCUCUACAAACCAGAGCCCUACCCUUUGCCGGGAUGGCUUCCUCAUUGGGAUUUUGGGGAUAGCAUACCUGGGCACGGUGGAUUCACUGAUAGAAUGGAUUGCCAGAUGGUGAUGGCAGUCUUUGCUUACAUCUACCACCAGUCGUUUGUUGCUCCUAACGACUCGUCAAUCGAGAUGAUUAUGAACCAGAUAUUGGGCGGCCUCACGCUGGAGGAGCAGCGAGAUUUGUACACGAAGCUAGGGGAGAUACUUCAGGAGAGGAUUAGACUAUCAUCGUGAAGUUAUGUAGAUAACAUUUGUGCUUGCUUUUACUCUUGAUCUUGAGUGCUUACAAACUUCCCCACUCUCCUUAUGGAAGAUAAAUCUUAUAGUGGUGACUCCCUUUUCUCGCCCCCUUUAUUCCUUGGGACUCAAGCUUCUGUUUAUCUUUUAUCUCCCCUUUUUUGCAGCUAAUAUUAUCAUUCUUAUUAUAUGGCCUUCUGGUCUGUAAUCGAUAUUCGACCCAGUGUAUCAUAUUAGCUACACAAACUCACUACUUUGAUGCUAGUUUUAGCAACAGAAACAAUUUGUAUUGCGGGGAAUCGUGAUUUCAAGCUUGUUCAAGUUUGAUGCAUUGUAGAGGCUCCUUGCCCUGAGUAACAGAAGUUAAUGUCGAUGCUUCAAAAUUAGGGUCCUAUGUGAACAUGUGAACGAGUUCAAUGAUCAAGUUGAUGUACAA